GUCACUAACGCGGGGAGGGACAUGGCGUGCGUGCGCUAAUGACAGACAGCAGAUACGGUCCGUUAGGGCGAGAGAAAAAACCAAGGGGGAAAGAUAAGCGGCUGCCAGAGCCUCCACAAUAAUUGCAUUAACUGAAUUGUCUCUCGGUGCCCAAAAGCUUGUUCUUGAAAAAUCCUAUCACCACAUUUGGCAAUGAGGACAUCUGUCGCCCGUCCAUACCAUUUGUUUUGGAGGAUUCGGGGACACAACUGAAUCGGGUUUUUACAGCUGAAAGGGUGUAAUUAAAGCUUGGAUAGAGGGAAAGGUUGGAAAUAGUGUGGAGAGGACGUAUAGGGCAGGACAUUUAACCAUAUCCAACGGAUACGUUUUUAUUUUUUAUUUUUUUAAAUCUCUCAUCGUGUGUUAUUAAACAAAGGUUGAUUCCGUAGCCUACAAUUCCCAUUUCAAUCUCUAGUUCGUGGUAAAGGAUGCCAGACCAGAUCUCGGUAUCCGAGUUCCUCUCGGAGACCACCGAGGACUACAAUUCCCCCACGACUUCCAGUUUCACCACCCGGUUGCAAAGCUGUAAGAACACCGUCAAUGUUCUGGAGGAGGCUUUGGAUCAAGACAGGACUGCUUUACAGAAGGUGAAGAAGUCUGUGAAAGCCAUCUACAACUCUGGUCAAGAUCACGUCCAGAAUGAAGGGAAUUAUGGCCAGGCACUGGACAAGUUUGGUAGCAACUUCAUCAGCAGGGACAACCCCGAUCUGGGAACUGCCUUUGUCAAGUUCUCCAGCCUCGUCAAGGAGCUGUCCGCACUUCUGAAAAACCUGCUCCAGAGCUUGAGCCAUAAUGUGAUCUUCACCCUGGACUCUCUUCUCAAAGGAGACCUCAAAGGAGUUAAGGGGGACAUAAAGAAACCGUUUGACAAGGCAUGGAAGGACUAUGAGGCUAAAUUCACCAAGAUUGAGAAGGAGAAGAGGGAGCAUGCUAAACAACAUGGGAUGAUCCGGACUGAGAUUACCGGAGCUGAGAUUGCGGAGGAGAUGGAGAAGGAGCGACGUCUCUUCCAGUUACAGAUGUGCGAGUACCUCAUCAAAGUGAAUGAGAUCAAAACUAAGAAGGGAGUUGACCUGCUCCAGAACCUCAUAAAGUACUACCAUGCACAGUGCAACUUUUUUCAGGAUGGAUUGAAAACUGCAGACAAGUUGAAGCAGUAUAUUGAGAAGCUUGCAGCUGACCUGUAUAACAUUAAGCAGACCCAGGAUGAGGAGAAGAAGCAGUUGACGGCCCUAAGAGACCUCAUUAAAUCAUCUCUGCAGCUGGACCAAAAGGAGGACUCUCAGAGCAAGCAGAGUGGAUACAGCAUGCACCAGCUACAGGGGAACAAGGACUUUGGCAGUGAGAAGAAGGGCUGUUUGAUGAAGAAAAGCGAUGGAUUACGGAAGGUGUGGCAAAAGAGGAAAUGUUCUGUGAAGAGCGGCAUUCUCACUAUCGCACAUGCCACAUCUAACCGACAGCCGGUGAGACUGAACCUACUGACCUGCCAGGUCAAACCCAGUGGGGAGGACAAGAAGUGCUUUGACCUCAUCUCCCAUAAUCGCACAUAUCAUUUCCAGGCUGAAGAUGAACAGGAGUUUGUGAUCUGGAUAUCGGUGCUGACCAACAGUAAAGAGGAGGCACUGAACAAGGCGUUCCGCGGGGAGCAGAGUACAGGAGGAGAGGACACCCUGGAGGACCUGACCAAAGCCAUCAUAGAAGACGUGCUACGGAUACCUGGCAACGAAAUCUGCUGUGACUGUGGUGCGGCUGAGCCAAAAUGGCUGUCUACUAAUCUUGGCAUCCUGACGUGUAUCGAGUGCUCUGGGAUCCACAGGGAGAUGGGUGUCCACAUCUCCCGCAUCCAGUCCAUGGAGCUAGAUAAACUGGGGAGCUCCGAACUCUUGCUGGCUAAGAACAUAGGGAACAGUAGUUUCAAUGGCAUCAUGGAAGGCAAUAUUCCAUGUCCCUCGCCAAAGCCCACCCCAUCAAGUGACAUGACGGUGAGGAAGGAGUACAUCAACGCUAAAUACGUGGACCACAAAUUUGCCCACCAGACUGGCAAAGCCACGGUUCCAGGCAAGCUGUCGGAGGCGGUGCGCUCCCGAGAUCUGCUGUUACUUKUCCAGAUUUAUGCCGAGGGGGCGGAGCUUAUGGAGCCCCUGCCCGAGGCAGGAAAGGAGCCCGGCGAGACUGCCCUCCACUACUCUGUGAGGACUGCUGARCAGACCUCCCUGCAUCUAGUGGACUUCCUGGUGCAAAACAGUGGUAAUCUAGACAGGCAGACGGAGAAUGGAAACACUGCACUCCACUACUGCUGUCUGUACGAGAAACAAGAAUGUUUGAAACUGCUACUGCGGGGCAAACCAGCCAUCGACAUCGCCAAUCAAAGUGGAGAGACUGCUCUGGACAUUGCAAGAAGGUUGCGAGAUACCGGUUCCUCGCACUGGCUGAUGGAGGCGGCAGAGGGGAAGUUUAACCCUCACGUCCAUGUGGAGUAUGAGUGGAACCUGCGGCUGGAGGAAAUAGACGAGAGUGAUGAUGACCUUGAUGAUAAGCCCAGUCCUGUGAAAAAAGAGCGCUCUCCGCGGCCCCAGAGCGUCGGCCACUCCUCCAGUAUGUCCUCCCCUCAGGACAAGCUGCCACUCCCGGGGGGUUACACCCCUCACAGGGACAAACAGCGCCUAUCCUACGGGGCCUUUGCCAACCCAGUCUACAACACCUCCACAGACAUGUCUCCCUCACCAGGACCUGACGGUACUACACUAGCCAGCAGGACAGCAGGGAAAGCACCUUCUACUGGCCCGCCUACCUCCCUUCCCCUGGGCUCCCAGACUGGAGGCAGCGGGGGCAUCUCCACCCUUAAGAAGAGACCCCCACCCCCUCCCCCCGGGCACAAGCGUACCCUCUCAGACCCCCCCAGCCCAGUCCUGCAAGGCCCCCAGAGCACAGGUGGGACCGGUUGGGGAAGCGUGUCCACUCCCCCGCCUACAAACAGGACCUCACCUGGAAACAAGUUUGAGCAGCAGCAGAGCACUACCAUUAGUAAUACAAAGUCAACACUUGGUCCAAGGGUUCUACCCAAACUACCUCAAAAAGUGGCACUACGGAGGAUCGACACUAUCCACCUCCCUUCAGUGGACAAGCUCUGCCAACCUCCGGAGGUUCUACAGAGGUCAACCUGCGCCCAACUAGAGUCUUACCAAAAAUCGCCCCAGCCCCUGCAGACCCCCGGAGACACCCCUCAGAGGGCCCCGUUGGCAGAAAAAACGCAGCUAAGCGAACUGCCUCCCAAACCCCAGAUGUCAGAUCUGCCCCCCAAGCCUCAGCUUUCUGACCUCCCCCCGAAACCACAGCUGUCGAAUCUCCCGCCCAAACCGCAGCUCAAGGACCUCCCGCCCAAGCCUCAACUGAGCGACAUCCCUCCAAAGCCCCCUGUCAGUGAGCGGCUCCCUCCGGGCGAGGCCGUGCAGACUGCGAUGGACAAGCAGUCUUGCAGUCAACAGGGGGAGCUAUCCCCCAGACAGGCCAGUGAGGACACCAAUGGAUCCCCGCCGUGUGCAGUGGAAAUGCCUGUGCCGCUGCCUCGGAAGAUCAACACUGGGAAGAGUAAAACUAGACGGGUGAAGACCAUCUACGACUGCCAGGCGGAUAACGAUGAUGAGCUGACCUUUGCAGAGGGAGAGGUUAUCAUCGUCACAGGAGAGGAGGACCCGGAGUGGUGGAUCGGGCACAUAGAAGGACAUCCCGAGAGGAAAGGGGUCUUCCCCAUGUCCUUUGUGCACAUUCUGUCCGACUGACAGCCGGGGAGAGAGGUGUGAGGCCAUUCCUCUAAUCUAGCACAAGCCCUGCCCUUCCCUGGCCUCACAUCAGACUUUAGGCAGAAGUGAAACAAAUGCGAACAAAGAAUCCAGCCCAGCCUCAGUGCAAUGAAGACUUAUUGUAUAUAAACUGUGAUAUCCUGCCUACCAGUAUUACCGUAGCAGCAACCCAGCAUGAAACUGGGCUUGCAGUAGCUUUCCUCAGAUUUUCUCAAUGUAUGCUGUAGCUGUAUGUAUGUGUGUAGAUAAACAAAUCUAUGUAUGUCCAUGUAAGUGUAUCUUUGUACCUACACAUGCACACCUACGAGUGUAUAUUUCUGUAUUUAUAUAGAAGUGUGCAUAUGUACAUUGACCCUGCUUGCUCAGAGAGGUAGGGCUAUCUUCUUCGUGUUCCAACGGUCUACCAUUUUAGCUUGACUGUUUUAUGUCAUUAUCAUCUCUCGAACUCUUGGAAGUAGUUAAUGAUCAUGACUCAUGAGAGGUCAAUUUGAUAAGGAGUUUGUGACUCAGAUAAUAUACAGUAUAUUAGCCCUUAUGGCACAUAUCCUCUCUGUCUACUGGCCUGUUUAUUUGGCAAUGCAACAAAGUGAGUUUCGAGAUAGCUGAAAGGUUGGAGGAAGUUUUUAUUCAUGACAAUAUACCAAUUUGUUUGUUUUAUUUUUGCUUAUAUUGGGAUCCAUUUGAAGAGACUUUUCUGUCACGGUAUGUUAUACAAUGCUAAUUUGAGCGAUAAAGUGAUUAACAGCCGAGGAAGUCAAACCAUUUGUUGUAGUGCUGGUGGCUGGCACAGUUACUGCAUCAAUCCCCCAGUAGUUAGUAGUUCUCCUUCACCUUAAUUGUGAUAUUAUAUGAUCAAAUGUAUAGUGCGAGAAAUAUGCAUUCUCAUGCAUUUAGCGAAUCUUGAGAUUAUUGUGAAACGUGCAUUUUCAUGGAAAUCUCCACUGCUUGACCAGAGUAUCAAUCCAUGAAGUGAAAAUGGCAUUACACACACACACACUCACACUCAUGCACACACAUUGUUUCACAAGAUCAAAUAUGAAAACCAAGCAUUGUGUGUGAUAUAAAUUAUGAGGAUAGAUGCUUUGUUUCAUACCGGGCUUCCAUCAGUAUUGGUCUGCAAGUUUCAAUGGAGAAGGAUGAAGUUGCCCAAUUAAUGGUUAAAGGGGGGCUGAACUUCCUCAUUUAGCCACAUUUUUCAUAUUGCUCCUUAAGAAAUGCAUCAGCCAUGACUCAAGCCAAAUGAGAGUUGUCUUGUACGUUCACUCCGCCAAAACAGUACACAAUUAGUCACUCACCCUUAUCGAUAACUUGAAACAGUCUAACCAGGUCAUUUUCAUGUUGCACACCUUUUAGUUUUCUCAUUAAAUGCUUUCAAUUUUUGUAUAUGAAUUUCUAUAAUUUAUAGUUGGAGGUUUUUAAGUCAUAAAAAUUUGGAGAUAUUGUCAUUUUAAAAUUUGAGGCUGACAAACUCCCCAGUCCCUGCUGAUGACAAGCACACCRAUAACAUGAAAAUACAGACAGUUUCACUCUGUGUUGUAUUUGACCCAAUACUUUCGUUUUUAAUUUAGGCCAGAAAGUUAAAAUCUUUGCCGAGUUGUCUUGCCGUAUUACUUAACGGUCUUGUUGUAAACAGAAUGGAUGAUUUGGAGUGGAUUUUUUAACACAGGCCGAAGCAUGAGGUCAUGUCGUUGAGCUUCAGGAUUAUUGGAAUGGAAUAUGAUUCAUUUUUAUGUUUGUUUAGAUUUGUCAUGGAGGAAUUUGCUGUGACUGACGGAGGUGUGAAAAUGACUGAAUGACUGCCACGCUGACAUGCCGUUUUUAGGGACAAGGUUUCGCCUUAGUUUAAAAUAAAGCUGUCGUCAUAUUAACAGGAAAGAAAUAAUUAACUAUUAAUGCUUCUUGUAUUAUAUUUGAUGUUGAUGGUCAGGGACAUUUCUUAUGACUAUAGUUAGUGAUUGUUAAAGGGAGACGCCUUUUAUUGUGUAUUGAGUGUAAAUGUAUGUUUGAUUUUGUUUGGGGUUGGAAAAGACUGGGGCAUUGACAGCUACACCACUACCAUCAGGCUUUUUCCUUGUGUUUGGCAUUUACUGUUUACAGUAGCUCAUUCAGCUAGGUUAUUCCUUGUGGGAGAAAAUUUGUUAGCACGUCUUGUUAUUAUUGUGCCUAAUAUGUGUGAUGAGAAUUGAAGCUUUCAUCACAUCCCCUUUAGACCAGGCUUUUUGUUACAUUUCUCAACAAUGUGUGUGUGAUUUCAGCACAGGCAAAACCAGUGGGGCCCCACUGAUGGAGGAGUGAGUAAGCCAUGGCAAUCAAUUGGCUGAUUCACAAAUCCUCUKGAUUUUUACAUUUACUUGAAUAUUUAUUUAAUCUAGAACUAUACCAGAAGCUGGACAUGGGUAAUAAUAAUUAAUUAAACAUAUUCAAAUGCAUCAAAUUCAUGUCAGAUUCUGCGCCUUCUGUGUUAUUCCUCACUCAAGUUGGAUGUAUAUUGGACUGGCAGUGCUUUUUAGAAGGCUAGUUUGACAUUUGUUUUAUUGUGAAAUAACUGGAUGUAGAUGUCUACCCCUGUUCCGCAUGUGUGUUGGCUUCAUUGUUUGAUAUUGUGUGUUGAGGACAGAACCAUGACUCCAUUAUUCAUCGAAUAAUAAAGAUUUUAUGUUGA